AACGAGAUUUGUCAGUGGCCGGAGCUCAUUUUGAAAGGUUGCGGCGGUGUUGUGCAGUUCGAGAUUUUGGAAGUGAAAGUUUCGGUGAGGUGCCAACGAAACACAUUCGGCGCGAGUGUGAAGGAUCUAGCUCGACUAUCAUUCAGUGCAUUGCCUUUCAACUAGUGUAGUUGCCGUAAAUAAAGAUGCGGAAAAUCGUGUUAUUCGUUCUGCUGGUUUUGCCGACCAUUAUUUGUACAUUUUCAAACCAAAAUAAACUCUUCGCCUUCGCAGAAGAUGAAGUAGAAGACGACGUUGAGGUUGACAGUGAAGACGGCGGAGUAGUUGGGGACGAUGCUGAAGCGGAAGAGGAGUCAGAGACAACAACUUCGCCCGAUGCGGACACGUAUUUGUUGUUCACGAAACCUUUGUAUACCCCAGGCUCCCAGUUUGAAUUGCCAGGCGGACAACCUGUGGAGUUCCUCGUAGGGUUCAACAACAAGGGCGAGAAUGAAUUUGUUAUCGAUAGCGUCGAGGCCUCUUUCCGUUACCCAAUGGACUUCAACUACUACAUCCAGAAUUUCUCCGCCAUCCCAUACAACCGUGAAGUGAAAUCAGGUCAUGAAGCCACAGUCUCGUACUCAUUCAUGCCAUCAGAGACGUUCGCUGGCCGUCCAUUUGGACUGAACAUUGCCUUGAACUACCGCGACUCAAACGGCGCCCAAUUCUCAGAAGCCGUCUUCAACGAGACUGUGCAAAUCAUUGAAAUCGACGAGGGACUCGACGGAGAAACUUUCUUCCUCUACAUCACUCUGGCUGGUAUUGUUGUCUUGCUACUCGUCUUGGGACAACAGUUCCUGGUUGGGUCAGUUGGCAAGAGGAAACGCACAGCAGCUCCUCGCAAGCAAAUCGAAACGGGAACAGCCAACAAUAGCAAUGUAGACUACGACUGGCUCCCGGCUGAGACCUUGAGGCAACUCCAGAAAUCCCCAAGCAACAAGACUUCCCCUAAAACCUCGCCAAAGGCUAAGCAAUCACAAAGCCCCAAACAGAGGAAAGUCAAGCGAUCGGCGGGAUCCGACGACUAGAGGCCGUGUGCAAAAAUCAUCUUAAUUUAAGACUGCGUGAGAGCGUUUAGAUGAAGGAGUAACUUUUUUUAUUUAAAACAAGAAAUUCGAUACACAUUAAGACGAUGAGGUGAAGUGCAGAGAGCAAGGCACGAAUUAAUUUGUCUUCGUUCCAGGAAGACAGCCCGUGUUAUAUAUAAAAGGAGGAAGAAUCAGGUGUUAAAAGUAAUGUAACUAAUAUUAGAGAGAUUUUCGUUUUGUUAUACAUGUCCUUUAGUGUUAGCGACGUACGUACGUAGAUACCACUCAUGCAUAAACUUUUACUACCGCCAAGCGAAGAAAGAAUUCACAGAACACAUCGAAGCGAAAUUCGCCGUAUUUAUUGAAAAAAUACCUCCACGAAACUUAAAAUGUGCAAGGAAUUCUGAGAAAAGACCACAAAGUAGCAAAAUAGAUUCUUAUAAUUCAUUCUACUGAGAUUUUUGCUUAUAACCGAUAAUGAUUCUUAUAAAAAAUGGAAGAAAUGUACGUUUGCCUGUUUUUUUGUACAAA